AUGGUCUCCUUCGACGAAGAAACCGCUCAAAAGCUGCGAACGCAGGUGGAGUUUUACUUCAGCGAUAGUAACCUACCGAGAGAUGACUUCCUAAGCAAGGAAGUGAGAAAGAGGGUAGAUGGGAUGGUUAGUCUGCAGCUGGUUUGUUCCUUCUCUCGUAUGAGAGUCCUUCUUGACAUUAGUCGCGGUAAAAUCCCUACGUUUGUAGUGACGGAAGUAGCUGAUGUCUUGCGAACAUCUGAUUUCCUUAAAGUUUCCGCCGAUGGGCUAAGGAUCGGCAGAGUAACAAAGCUCUCCAAACCUAAAGAGGUUCUUGAAAUAGUCGACAGAAGAACCAUCGCGGCUUCGCCUUUUGAGCACGACACAGAGAUGGAGGAUGUGGUGACUUUCUUCUCACGGUAUGCGAAGUUGAACAGUGUGAGGCUUCCUCACCACGUCGGAGAUAAGGAACUCUUUUGUGGUACUGUUUUGGUUGAAUUCUCGUCUGAACAAGAAGCUGGAGAUUUCUUGAAGAAGAGCUUGGUCUAUGGCGGUGUUGAUUUGGAGUUAAUACCGAAGAGAGAGUUUGACAAACAAAGAGAGGCUAGGAGCAAGGAACUCGAAUACUCAGUGCCAAGAAAUAAAUUCCAAAGAGGUCAGAUUCUCAGAUUUACACUGAGAAAGAUAGCGAGAGCGGAGAAGAAAGAAAGUUUAUUGGUCGACGACAAGGCUGAUCAGCUUGUGGUUCCGGCGUGGAGUAGCUGUGAGGUUUUCAAGGAGGUUUUUGAUAGAUUUGGCAGCGUCAGGCACAUUGAAUACUCUGGUGGAAUGGAUUCUGGUUACGUUUGUUUCAAGAAUGCAAGAACAGCUACGAAAGCCAGUUCCGCGGUGGAGUUUGUUGGAGGUUUGAUUGUGAAGAAUACGUUCUCGGUUGCAUUGGAAACAGUGGAUGAGGAGAUGGAGAUUGAGGUGUGGAGAAGAGUACCAUUAUCAGCUAAGCAGUAA